AUGAGCAGACUCAUGUGCAUGCAACAGCAGCAGCACCCCGGGGGCGGCGGCCACCACGACCCCCACUCGGACGAGGACACGCCGACCUCGGACGACCUGGAGCAGUUCGCCAAGCAGUUCAAGCAGCGGCGGAUAAAGCUGGGCUUCACGCAGGCAGAUGUGGGCUUGGCCCUGGGCACCCUGUACGGGAACGUCUUCUCCCAGACCACCAUCUGCAGGUUUGAGGCUCUGCAGCUCAGCUUCAAGAACAUGUGCAAGCUCAAGCCUUUGUUGAACAAGUGGCUGGAGGAAGCCGACUCCUCCACGGGCAGCCCCACGAGCAUCGACAAGAUCGCAGCCCAGGGCAGGAAGAGGAAGAAGCGGACCUCCAUCGAGGUGAGUGUCAAGGGGGCCUUGGAGAGUCACUUUCUGAAAUGCCCCAAGCCCUCCGCCCAGGAGAUUACGAACCUAGCGGACAGUCUGCAGCUGGAAAAGGAGGUGGUCAGGGUUUGGUUUUGCAAUCGGAGGCAGAAAGAGAAAAGGAUGACCCCCCCGGGGAUUCAGCAGCAGACCCCCGACGAUGUCUACUCCCAGGUCGGCAACGUGAACUCGGACACGCCGCCCCCACACCAUGGACUGCAAACAAGUGUGCAGUGAGAGUCACAACAGGAAGGGAAAGGAAGAGAGGCGAGAAAGGGAAAAGGGGAGGGGGGACCAACAGCAACACCACACACACACACACACACACACACACACACAAAUCCAGACUCGUUUAGGCUGAAUAUAUAUAAUAUAUGUGUGCGGGACAGAUCUUUCCAAACGUGUGUGUGUGUGUCACACACACACACGUUUGGAAAGGUCUAUCCCAGCGCAAGCAUUUAUACUGUGGUGGAGAGGGAGUGGAGAUGCAUAAUGCACCAAAACUGCAGAUGUUUUUUUUUCCUUUUCUUCUUUUUUUAAAAACAUUUCUAAAAUAUCCCCUGUUACAGUGGCCACCUCUUCUGUCCCCUUGCACAUCCACCCCCAAAAAUGGCCCCCUAAUAGGGCUCUCUCGAAUGAAUCACGGAAACUUUUUUCUCUGACACACACACUUUUCUUUUUUAUGGGAGCAAUCCAAAAAAGGGAAGCAGAAGCAAAAUCAUCUUCCUGAUCGGAGGGUGCCUGCUGCAUUCCAGGACCCUGUUUUUCUUGGCCAAAUCACAUCAUUUUUUAUUCAAGAUAUCCAUUCUGUAGAGGGGGGUAUUCUGCAAAAUGAAAAGAGUCACUUUCUCCAGGGGGACAUAAAGGGAAAUAGCACACUGCACUAAAAACAAGCAAACUGUAUAGGGAAAAUAUAUAUAUAAAUAUAUAUACAAUAUAUAAAUAUAUAUUCCCUAUACUCUCACACACAAAUAUGGGUAUAAAUACCUGCAUACCGAAAGCUGGCCCUGGAAGUGGGGGGAGGGACAAACACCGGGAGAAAAAUGGGGAGAGGUUGUUGGUCCCUAAAGUUCGAGCUCUAUAGAAGGACUUUGCAUGAAUAAAGGAAAACAGCCAGAGACAGGGAAAUAAUUUAGGGCUGUCAAAGUCGUGCUCCUGACGGCUGCCAAUCAUCAUGGAAGAUUCCUUAAAAAUCCACUGCUAAUAUUUUUUUUAUUAAUAUUUUUAUUUUUAUUUCUGGACUGAUUCAGAUAAAGGGAUUUAGAAGGACUGAGCAUCUGCAGCUGCACUUAUCUGAACUUCUCCUCUCCUAAAUCCGUUGCCAACUUUGAUUGAAUGGGUGCUGUGGAUGUGAUUAUAUAAUACUGCCAUUUCCAAGCAGUGUUUUUGGUAGGUUUUAAUAAACAGACUUUUCAAAAAGACGGCAAUAUAGAAUUGUUAGAUCCGUUGUUGAUCUAAAAAUAUUUGCUUUAUAUUUUCAUUAAAUGACUUCUUUUAAUAUUUUAUUCAGAAUACCUAUGAACUGCUGCAAAACGGUAAUUUAUUUUUCCCCAGAUCUUGUAUUACGUGUUUUUUUCAGACGAGCACAAAUCAAAAUGAAAUGAAAAUAUGGACAGUUGUUAGGUAAUAAGGGUAUCUUUUGAUGUGAUAAUUUGAUUGUAAUUUAAUUUGAGUAGUGAUUCCGUAAGAGCUGAUUGAGAAAAUAAAUUUGUUAGAAUGAAAUAGUCUGUGUCUGAUGCAUAAACACUGUGUCGAAAAAGUUCUCCUAAGGAAAUAUUGCAAAUAUUUAAGUGAUAGAAUUAAGGAUAACCUGCUUUGUGUACGCUACUUCAGGUAUCUGGAAAUGCAGAGUUCCAGUAUUCAUGCUGUUAGCAUUUUAGUACAGUACUAAUUUCUUAUAAAUCCUUAUACAGAAUAAAUUUCCAUAGGGUUUUUUUUUCAUAAAUAUCCCUGUGCAAUCUGACAGUAAGGCAAGAUUAGAGAAAAGCCACCAUCUUUAAAAUGAUUGCUUUAUUUUACGUUUAAACUUCAGUGCAGUAGAUGUCUAAGUGUAUUGACUGAUAAUUAAUGACUAAUGCUGACAACAAUUAUGUUUUUAAAAGUUUAGUCUCUUUUCUCUCUUUUCAAACUAAAAAAACCGAAGGCUAGGGGCUUUUAAGUAUAAAUUAUUUUGUCACAUUUUAUAUCUGUAUAAUAUUUGUAUUUAAUUUAUAGAUAUAAUUUAAAGAAAGGUACUUUUUCAGAAAUAUAGAGAUGAUACUUUCAAAAUCCUACCUACAAGUCCGCAUAGUUUACCGUUUUUGUUGUUGUUGUUGUUGUUGUUGUUUGUUUUAGGCUUUUUUGUCCGAGGUGUGAAGUGGGGUAGUGCAGUUUUUUCUUCACUCAGCACACAACCAAUGUGUGUGUAUAAGUAAUGUUAAAGAUGCCAGUAGAUAUACUAGGUAGGCUGUCAUAUUUAUCUGCUACAUUUAUUGCAAUAUACACAAGAGUGAAUGAAUAUUUCAACUCUUUAUUUUGAAUUGGUAAUGUUAUCGAAACUACACAUCUAAAUUUAAUGCCUCUAGGUAUCCCCUGAAAAAGUAUUCUAGAGAAAUAUUUUAUAUUUGAUUAAAAUAAGCUUUCAGUAGUCUCUGAGUUCCCCUACUCCCCCAUUUUUUCCUUCCUCCCUUUUUUCUCGCUAUGUGAUAUUGAUGCAGGGGUUAAAACCAUAGAAAACUGCUGUAGAAACAACAUACAUUUUAUUCCUUUCAGAUAGGCCUUGUGUCACUUUCAUAAAUCAAAUCCAACCAGAUAGCCGUGUACUGGGAUGCAUUAUUUUAACACCAGAUCGUAGUAAAUAUCACAUUCGUUUUGAUUUGUGAAAUCCGAAAAGGCCAUAAUAGAAAAGGUGAAAGGAUAAAAGACAAUUUCAUUUCUUCUCUUUGUUUAGUUUAAGAGCUUCCCAGUAAUUUGAAGGUGGGGGGGUGGAGAGAAGGGAGAGGAGGAAUCAUGAAUUUUGCUACAUACAAGGGAAAUCAGAGAAAGGAUUUCCAGUUUGGAAGCUGUGGAUUUGUUUUUAUCUGGUGGAUACUAUUAACACGUGAGGUGGAAUCCUAUUUUUCACACAUGAAGGGUGGUGGCUUAUUAGACAUGGAGUAGGUCUAUUUAAAUUUCUUAGUGGUAUUUGGUUACUGGAUUUGGAUGACAACAAAGAGCUAACAUUAGGCUUCACACUGGUUUCUAUUAAAAGGCAGCCUUUGCGGCUUUCUGCAUAAGAAGGGCUGAUUUUUAGACUAGAGGAAUAACAUUUGGUAGUAGGAACGUGCAAAAUCUGUCCAUUCUGUGCACUUAUCAUACGCAAAAAGUGAGGCCAUGCCCCCUUCCCCCCCAAGAAAUUUAAUCCUUUGAAUGUACUUAGGAACUUCAGGGUUGUUCAUCUAAGGGAUCAUAAGAGGUAGAUAAUAAGUGAGAGGCUUUGUGUUAAGGGUUACAAUGUUACACAUGUAAAUAAUGAAAAUAUUGUUAUAUAUCGCCAGAUCUCUGAAUGAAUUUAGUAACUGUAUUCAUUUAUAAUAUCAGUGUUCUGUGUUUGGUAACUGAGUCUUCAUCAUUUUUCCUUAUUAUUAUUUUUCUACCUAAAGGAAAGCCAAAUGUUUUACAAAGUUCCGUUUGAUCAGUCUGGGUAAUCCCGAGAUGUGAUUAUUUUUAGUUUACAUUUUUAUAUUCUGCAGUCCUCUACUGCGCUCUAGUUUUCUCACGGAUAUCCCAUCUUUUCCCCGGCUAGUCUGUAUACUAUAAAUCAUUUUCAAGUGUAUUUAAAAUAGCCACCUCACUGCUGUUGAUCCACAUAUUUUAGGAACAUAGCAAAGAGCUAUACCGUGGUUUAAAAAUACAACGUUUCAUAUCUCUGAAGUUAUCUUUAAAGAUUUCUUAUGCUUUAAUGUAGUGACUGGUGUUUGCACAUUACAAUGCUCAUAAUUUGUUUUGUAUGAAUGGUUUUAAAUGGAACGUUUAGAGAAUAAUUGGUUCUAAUAUGAAA